AAAUCCAACCGAAUCCUAUGAAUCUUGGCCAAAAAAUCAGAGAUGAGGUGUAUCGGUGGAAACGGAAAAGAUUAAAACAAGACGUACCUGGAACUUGAUCGCUGAUGGUGGAGGGGAUAAACAGGCAGCGCAUCUUCUCGUCGCCGGAAAACAGCCGCCGGUUGCUAUCUUGUAAAAUGCGAUGGAAGAGGAACCCUAACAACGAAGGGAAAAACCGAACACCUCCGUCGCCCACUCACCGUCCGUCACCGUCGCAGUCAACUGGUCAUCCGUCGCCGUCGCAGUCAACCGGUCGUCCGUCGCCUGUCACUGUCCGCCGCCGCUGCCCAAUAAAUCGCAACCUCCAAGCAGCCGCCGUUGGAACGCUGGAGAGGCGGAGAGGGAGAACGGAGAAGACGAUGAGGUCGGCUGCGUCGGGUAACUGGAGUUCGUUUUUUUCAUUAUGAUAUGGUUUGGAUCUGCGGUACCAUCAUACCGGUACCGGUAUGUGAGCCGCGGUGACAUAGGGUGCAAUGCUGCUUCACCAGCGGGUCGCGGUUGGUGGACGGCGUGGGAACGAUGCAUCUGGUGGCCGGGCCCCGUUCGGUGGGUGUAGCUCUCCUUUUCUCUCUCUAGACUUCCACUUCCAUAAAUAUGGAGCUCUCUACCAGCAUAGAAGCAGGAGCCACUAGCCAGUGCGUACCAGGAGCCAGUGUGAAGAGAGAAGGGGGAAGAGGAAGAAGAAAAAGGAGGAGGAGAUGGCAACCAAGCAAGAGGAGCAGCAAACACAGGCGGCGCGCCACCAGGAGGUUGGCCACAAGAGUCUCUUGCAGAGUGAUGCGCUCUACCAGUACAUCUUGGAGACAAGCGUGUACCCAGGAGAGCAUGAGGCCAUGAAAGAGCUCCGUGAGAUUACCGCCAAGCACCCAUGGUCAAUUUCCUCCCGAAUCUCCUUUCGUUCUGAGACUUAUACUUUCAUUGAAGACAUGGCUUUCUUUUUUGCGGGUAGAGGAAAGCUUAUUUGGUUCUUUGAUUACUCUAGGAACAUUAUGACGACGUCGGCGGAUGAGGGGCAAUUCCUAAGCAUGCUGUUGAAGCUUAUGAACGCCAAGAACACCAUGGAGAUCGGUGUUUACACCGGCUACUCUCUUCUUGCAACCGCACUCGCUCUCCCGGAUGACGGCAAGAUUUUGGCCAUGGACAUCAACCGUGAGAAUUACCAGCUUGGUUUGCCAGUCAUUCAAAAGGCCGGCGUUGCACACAAGAUCGAUUUCCGCGAAGGCCCUGCGCUGCCGCUUCUCGAUCAAUUGAUCGAAGAUAAGAGCAACCAUGGAACAUAUGAUUUCAUCUUCGUGGACGCGGACAAGGACAAUUACAUCAAUUACCACAAGAGGUUGAUUGAUUUGGUGAAGGUGGGAGGAGUAAUUGGCUACGACAACACUCUGUGGAACGGAUCAGUGGUGGCUCCUCCAGAUGCGCCGUUGAGGAAGUACGUGAGAUAUUACAGAGACUUUGUGUUGGAGCUCAACAAGGCAAUGGCUGCCGACCCUCGCAUUGAGAUCUGCCAACUUCCUGUAGGCGAUGGCAUCACCCUCUGCCGUCGCGUCUACUAAGCGACAGGCGACCUCCAAUUGAGACCCUUCUCUAUCAUGGAUGUAUUAUUAUCGUAUCCUUGUUCCCUUGCUCCCAGUAUAUGGUUUUUGCGGCAAUGGCUGCAAGUAACUACUUUGAGUUGGUGGUGUAUCUUAUUCCAUAAGAAUUCUUAAACUCAAUGCAGGAAGAUUCAUAUGAAAGCCAGGGUGAUAUAUUUGAGUCUUUUGCCGCUUAUAUAUUGUGGAUCAAUGGGUGGACUAAGUGGUUCUGUUCAAGUUCUUGAUUCAAUAACUGGUUUAACAACCAGAUUGCCAAGAUCAUGAGCGGACACCUCUUGAGCCAUAUUUACCAGUGCCGUGCUGUAAAAUCCGAAAUUGAAUGAAAGAAAAUUGGCUGAUACUUUACUAGUAA